UGGCCAGAGCGAACACGCACGCGGCCCGGGGCCGGACCACAAAGAGCUGCCCCGUCCCGGGCGUAGGGAGCUACCUCUUCCCGGCGGCUGACGCUGCCCGCUGAACUGUCGCCUCUCACGCCGCUCCGCGCCCUGCCCCGCACCGAGGGAGACCCUGUCCCCGUGAGACCAGGGCUGGGUCCAGAACAGGCAGGAACAGACAUAGGACACAGAGGAGAGACUGGGGGCAAAGGGGGACCUGGCUGCCCCGCGGGGGUCUUGGCUUGGCCGGCAGGUCAGCUACUCAUCCACCCUGGCCAGCCUCAGCGACAAAACCCAGGUCCCAUCCUUUCUUCGGACCCUGGCCAGUGACUUCACAUUCUCCCAUGCUCUGGCCCAGCUGGCGCUUCACUUCCGAUGGUCCUGGGUGGGCGUUCUGGCACAGGAUGAUGACUUCGGGCAGCAGAGCAGCUCUCAGGUGAUCCGGGAGCUGGCCAAGGCCAGAGUCUGCAUCGAGUUCCACCUGCACAUCCCAUCCCUGCAGUCCCUGGAGAAGAUCAACACUAUCGUCCACAAGAUGGAAAAGUGCACAGCCACCGUUGUGCUGAUCUUCCUGAGCAACUCAAAUUUCCAGGAUAUCCUGCAGCACCUGCUGAGACGUGGCAUCUCGGGCCAGGUCUGGGUCAGCCAGGAUGCUCUGCACACAGGGUUGGCCCUGACCACGCCCGGUGUGUCCCAGGUCCUACAGGGCUCCUUCAGCCUUCUGCAGCACCGCAGCCAGGCCCUGGGGUUCCCUGAGUUCUUUUCUCGCCUGCAUCCCACCAGGACCCCAGAAGACAUGUUCCUGAAGAAGUUCUGGGAGGCCACCUUUGGAUGCACAUGGCCAGUGGGAAACAGCACGGUGGUGGGAGGAGGGCAGUUCUGCUCAGGAAAAGAAAGUCUGAGAGGCCAGGAGCACCCUUUCCAGAAAGUGAGUCGAGUAGACAUCGCAUACUCAGCAGUUUAUAGCAUUGCCCACGCCUUACAGGACCUGGUGGCUUGUGAGCAUGAGCACGAGGCAUGUGCAGACAUUCAGCACCUCCAGCCCUGACAGCUUCUUCAACACCUCAGGAAGGUGCGUUUCAAGACCCCUGAUGGGACAGAGAUCACGUUUGAUGCCAAUGGAGAUUUAGUCACAGAAUUUGAUGUACUACACGGGCAGAAGACUGCUGAGGGACUGUUCCACUUUGUCCACAUAGGUACAAUCAAGAGAGCCUCUUUAGGGGACAGAAUGACAGUCCAGGUGAUGGAGGAGGAGCUCCAGGUCCUUGGCACUUUCACAUAAAUUUUAGAGUCAGCUUGUCAACUGGAAAUUAUCAAGUUUUUUAACUGCACGAAAUUGCAGCCGCUUCCACGAUAUUGUGAAUGGUAAGUGAAAUGAUCCCUCGAGAGCGCUCAGACCCGCACCCUGGGACGAACGCGGAUACCCUGAGCCUCCUCCAUUUUACCGACCGGCAAACUGAGGCUCGAUGGCCGAGACUUACGCAGGCCCUCGCAAGGCCGGCAGUGGCGCGGCGGGGGCAGUCUGGCGCUGCGACAGCAUCGCCCACCCCGGGGCAGCUUCAAACACCCGCGCCCGGACGGGUUCCAGCGCCCCGGAGGCGGCACUCGGGGAGGAAUAGGCAGGACGCGUCAUGGCGGCGCCGCGGACGGCGCCGGAAGUGAAUGCAGGAUACCGUGGCGCGUCCCCGUUGACGCCGGCAGAUCGGCCGCCAUUGUCCGUAACCGAGGUGAGGCCUUCCGCCAGCUGUGCGGUCGCGCUGUAGCGGUUGUAGCUGCGGUGCUGGAAGGUCGGGAGAGCCAGCGUGGAGAGGGGGCGCUGCGGUCGGGGCCGGCGCGGCGCCAGGGCGGGUCCUGCGCCUGCCCUUCCCGCGCCGGCUUCGCAACCCCGUUGCCCUCGACCCUCCCGCCUCCUGCCUCAGGGCGCGCGGCCUCGGCUGGCCCAGGGAGCCCUGCGCUUUGUCCCCGAGGCCGCGCAUGGGGCUCACAAGCGCACGGCUAGGACAGGCCUCGAUACGGGACAAAAGCCAGACGCCCCCAGCGAAUAGCCCCCGAGCCUGCUAAGUCGCCUUCCAAGGAUCGGGACUCCGGGGGCCGCGAGCCAGGCGUUUCUCAUCCGUGCCCAUUCACCUAAAGCGUUGUGAAGGACGACAAAUGCAAGCUGGAAAUAGCCCCUGGUUCCUUAAACAUUUUGUCGAUUUGUAAACAACAGUGGAAAAACAGUUUAUCUGCUUUGAAUUUUGGUGCUGAUCCCAGUGUUCAUGAGGGCCAGUGGGUGUCUCAGUGUUUUAUACACAUACCUGGGAAUGAGAGUCCAGAGAAAAGAACUUGUACAAAGACCUGCAACCUGGGGAGUUAGGGAUCUGAACCCGAGGCCCAUCUCUUGACUCCUUCACACCGAGAGGGGACAAACUUGGGUCCCGUUGGGAAUUGCAGUGCUCCUGGUCUGACACCUGGUUGAUCAGUCCUUUGGGAUGGCAGCCAUCAACCCAUGGGCCUCCUGGGGUGCUUUUACGGACCAGUCUUGGAGGAUGGCAGCUAUUGACCCAUGGGCUUCCUGGGCUCUAUGUCCUCAAGACCCUGUCUGGCAAGUGGAGGGAAGCCCUGAGGAGGGGAGGAGGGCCAUCAGGCUCCCAACAGCUCAGGUCCAGGAACCAGUGACCUUCAAGGAUGUGGCUGUGGACUUCACCCAAGAAGAGUGGGGGCAGCUGGACCUUGUUCAGAGGAGCCUGUACCGUGAUGUGAUGCUGGAGACCUAUGGGCACCUGCUUUCUGUGGGGAAUCAGAUCACCAAGCCCGAGGUCAUCUCCCUGUUGGAACAAGGAGAAGAGCCAUGGUCAGUGGAGCAAGCAUGUCCUCAAAGCACUUGUCCAGAAUGGAUGAGAAAUAUUGAAAGCAAAGCAUUGAUCCCAACGCAGACCAUUUUUGAGGAAGAACAAUCCCAUGGCAUGAAGUUGGAAAGAUACAUAUGGGAUGAUCCUUGGAUUUCCAAGAUAGAAGUUUUGGGAUGUAAAGACCAAUUAGAAAUGUACCACAUGAACCAUAGUACAGCUAUGAGACAAAUGGUCUUCAUGCAAAAGCAAGUACUAUCUCAAAGAAGCUCUGAAUUCCCUGAACUCGGGGCAGAGUGUAGCCAGAACUUAAACUUUAUUCCAUCUCACAGAGUUUCUCAAAUAGAACAUUUCUAUAAGCCUGAUACACAUGCUGAAAGUUGGAGAUGUAACUCAUCCAUAAUGUAUACAGAUAAGAUUACCUGUGAAAAUGAUUAUGACAAAGCCUUCUAUCAGUCUAUUCAGCCUGUUCACCCUCCAAGAAUGCAAACUGGAGAUAAUCUUUUCAAAUGUACUGAUGCUGUUAAAUCUUUCAAUCAUAUAAUACAUUUUGGUGAUCAUAAUGAAAUGCAUACAGAAGAAAAACUCUAUGAAUAUAAGGAAUGCCAUCAGAUCUUUAACCAGAGCCCAUCAUUUAUUGAACACCCAAGACUUCAUAUUGGAGAAAACCAGUAUGAUUACAAAGAAUAUGAGAAUAUCUUUUACUUCUCUUCCUUUAUGGAACAUCAAAAAAUUGGCACUGUAGAGAAAGCAUAUAAAUACAAUGAGUGGGAUAAAGUCUUCGGGUAUGACUCAUUCCUUACUCAACAUGCAAGUGCUUACACUGCAGAGAAACCCUAUGAAUAUAAUGAAUGUGGUACAUCUUUCAUUUGGAGCUCUUAUCUUAUUCAACAUAAGAAGACUCAUACUGGAGAGAAACCCUAUGAAUGUGACAAAUGUGGAAAAGUUUUUAAGAAUCGUUCAGCCCUUACUAAACAUGAACGGACUCACACUGGAAUAAAACCAUAUGAAUGUAAUAAGUGUGGGAAAGCAUUCAGCUGGAAUUCUCAUCUUAUUGUUCAUAAGAGAAUUCAUACAGGAGAAAAACCUUAUGUGUGUAAUGAAUGUGGGAAAUCUUUCAACUGGAACUCCCAUCUUAUUGGACAUCAGAGAACUCAUACUGGAGAGAAACCCUUUGAAUGUACUGAAUGUGGGAAAUCUUUCAGCUGGAGCUCCCAUCUUAUUGCCCAUAUGAGAAUGCAUACUGGAGAGAAGCCCUUUAAAUGUGAUGAAUGUGAAAAAUCUUUUAGAGAUUACUCGGCCCUUAGUAAACAUGAACGAACUCACUCUGGAGCAAAACCAUAUAAAUGUACUGAAUGUGGAAAAUCCUUCAGCUGGAGUUCCCAUCUUAUUGCUCAUCAGAGAACUCACACAGGGGAGAAACCCUAUAACUGUCAGGAAUGUGGCAAAGCAUUCAGAGAACGCUCAGCCCUCACUAAACAUGAAAUAAUUCAUUCUGGAAUUAAGCCCUAUGAAUGUAAUAAAUGUGGAAAAUCCUGCAGCCAGAUGGCUCACCUUGUUAGGCAUCAAAGGACUCAUACUGGAGAAAAACCCUAUGAAUGCAAUAAAUGUGGAAAAUCCUUCAGUCAGAGCUGUCAUCUUGUUGCUCAUCGGAGAAUUCACACUGGUGAGAAACCCUAUAAGUGUAAUCAAUGUGAAAGGUCCUUUAACUGUAGUUCUCACCUUAUUGCUCACCGGAGAACUCAUACUGGAGAGAAACCAUACAGGUGUAAUGAAUGUGGGAAAGCAUUUAAUGAGAGUUCUUCUCUUAUUGUACACCUGAGAAACCAUACUGGAGAAAAGCCCUACAAAUGUAAUCAUUGUGAAAAAGCUUUCUGUAAGAAUUCUUCUCUUAUUAUUCAUCAGAGAAUGCAUAGUGGAGAAAAACGCUUUAUAUGCAACGAAUGUGGAAAAGCCUUUAGUGGUCAUUCAGCCCUACUUCAACACCAGAGAAAUCACAGUGAAGAGAAACUAAAUUGAUGAGAGGUUUUUCUUUUAUUGUACAUUUGAUCAUACAUUGGAAAGAAAUCCAUAUAACAGUAAUCAAGAGAGGAAAUUUUUCAUUGAGAGUUCAGGGAGACAUCUCCCAUUAUUAUUUAAUGGAAUAUAUCUUAGAAGAUACCCUAUGAAUGAAAGGAAUAAGGAAGAGCUUCUAGCAUUUAUGUAGCCCUUAUUCAAUAUCAAAUAGUUACAGUGAAAAAAACCCUAAACUCCCCUCAUGGUGCACCAGGAAUUCAUACUUAAGGAAUGUGACUGUGGGAAAUGAGACGUUUUAGCAAGGGCUUUCAUUUACUUGUAGAUCAGUGUGAAUUGUUAAGAAAAAAACCUUUACACUGAGAAAAGUGUAUUGACUGAAAAUACACUGUUUUGCAUCAAGCUGGAGUAUUGGAUGAAAAGUUAUAUGGUAACAUUUUUGUGCAUAACUAUAGAUUUUGCUAUUAUAAGGGAAGAGUGUAGGCGUUCUUUAAGGAAUAGGAUAUGAAUUACUAAAUCUGAAUUUAAAAUAAAAAUAGUAUUGAAUGUGUAUUUACUGUUGAUCAAGAUUAACCUUAGAACAGAUUAGUAAGUGAGAUUACUAAUGGUGGAAAAGUUAUCACCUAUAGGUAUGAGACUGGUUUUGGAAGAAAAGAUGAUACUUAAUAAUCCAGUGUGUCAGUGUUUGUAGUUUAUUCACUGCAUUGUUGGGCAGUUAGUUUGUAAUUUGUUUUAGGCAAUUAUUAUAAAUUAUAAUUAUGGACACUGCAUCAGUACACAUUACAUGAAGGAAUAAAAGAACACAGAAUUGUAUAUACAUAUUGCUAUAACAUCUUCAAAGAAAAGGUAUAUGGAUAAGGUUCUGAAAGAUCUAUGGAGAAGUUAACCCAGUUAAUUUUUUUUAAGGUUUCACAAAUUUAUAUAGUACUCAUCAUGUGCUAGGCUUUGUUUAAAUGCUUUCUAGGUAUUAACUUGUUCAAUCGCCUUAACUGUCUCCGUGAUAGCCACUAUUAUUAUCCCAGUUUUAUAAUGGGGAAACUGAAACAAAUGUGUUGAGGAACCUGGUCAAGGACCGCAGCUAGUAAGGAGUGGAGCUGAGAUUGUUCAGCUUCAGAGUUCAUGGUUUUAACCACUGUAAUAUGCUGCCUCUCCAGUGAUUUUUUUCCUUUCUUCAGUUUUUUUAUAGUAUGGUUUGAUAAUAAAAAGAAACUCCUAAACAAUGA